AUGUCCAGCUAUAAUGAAGUGACACCCAAGAAAUUGGGGAAAAAAAAACCACGGGAGCGGAAGAAAGAGCAUAAAGUUAAGAGCCCACAGACUAACGAUAGCAACGAUAACGAAGCCAAAUGGCCCCAGUCCCUUUCAGAUUUCGUGAACAAACUGUUUGCACGAGUCAAAACGCUAAGCCCGGAAAUACAGACCGUGUUUGCUUCGCAAAUGCAGACUCUCAUGGAACGUGCAAUAACACAGAACAAAGUAUGGACUAAUCCUUGGGAACUUCAGCUGUUGCCAGUAUUUGACCCAGCUUGUCCUUUGGAUUUGUAUGAGAAUGUGUUCGCAAGACCAUCUAUCAUGGAUCAGACUACCGUUUCAACGGAACAGCAAAGCCCCACAAAAGCUACAGAUGGAGUCCAGGACGUGAAUGACGUUAGAAAUGAUGGCGUGGGAAUGCUGUCCAAAUCUUUUGGUGCGAAACGUCAAGGUGAUUUUGAUUCGAAGGAGAGGAAACGGCAAAGGAUGGACCGUUUUGCUUCUACAACGAGAAAAUCAUCCCCAGUACCAAUACCAUCUGAUGGUCCCGUAAAGGGUUAUCUGACAGCACUAGAAAAACGUUACCUAAGACUUACAUCCGAACCAGAUCCUGCCUUGGUUAGAUCAGAAGAAACGCUCAGGCGUAGUCUUGAUUUCGUUUGCAAUAAGUACCACAACUCUGACGCAGGGUAUCUGUAUGUGAAUGACCAACUAAAGGCCAUCAGGCAAGAUUUAACAGUGCAGCACAUUGAAAACGACUUGGCAGUCACCGUUUAUGAGACACAUGGACGCAUUGCUAUCGCUAAUGAUGAUCUUGGUGAGUUUAAUCAGUGUCUGUCUCAAUUGACUCAUCUAUAUGCUAAGAACAAAGACUCCUAUAGCUUUUGUGAGACGUAUGAAUUCACCUGCUAUAGGAUCUUGUAUUUUGUACUAACAGGCAACUUUGCUGAGGUCAACAAAAUCCGGCUCAGUCUUUUGAUGACUGAUAAAGGAAAAGGGACAGAUGAUAACGACAUGGCUAAGAAGUACAAAGAGAAACGCAUGUGCAUGUAUAAAUCACUUGAUCUACUAACAUUUAUAGAGCAGGGCAAUUAUCAUCAAUUUUUCAAAACAUUCCAGCAAAUAAAAGCUGUUGACACGAUGAAAUGUGCCAGCCAUCUCAUUGACCAAUUUUUGAUCACAAAGCAAAGGCUUCUUGCCAUAAACACCAUGUGUAAGGCUUAUAAGAAAUUGCCUAAAAGUUACAUGAGGGUCGAGUUAGGUUUUGACGACAUUGAGGAACAAGAUUCAGGCCAGAUAAGAGAUGCAAAUCAAAGAAAUGAGAAAGGACGAGAAACAAUUGAAAUGUUCCUCUCGAGCCACAAUCUUGGUCAAUAUCUUGUAGGUCAAGACUUUGAUUUGUUCAAUGGCAAAACAGACAGUGCAUGGGAUAGUUGA